GUUGAAGAUGUCUGCAGGCAAAGCACAAAUCGGCAAACUGGCACCUGAUUUCACAGCCAAAGCGGUGAUGCCUGACAUGGAUUUUAAGGACAUUAAACUGUCUGACUACAGAGGAAAAUAUGUGGUGUUUUUCUUUUAUCCACUGGACUUCACCUUUGUGUGUCCAACGGAAAUCAUUGCCUUCAGUGAUGCUGCAGAUGAUUUCAGGAAGAUUGGCUGUGAAGUCAUUGCUGCCUCCACAGACUCACACUUCUCACACUUUGCAUGGUGCAACACUCCACGAAAGCAGGGUGGUCUGGGUGCAAUGAAGAUCCCUCUAGUAUCUGACACAAGGCGCACAAUUUCCACAGAUUAUGGCGUUCUGAAGGAGGAUGAGGGCAUUGCUUACAGGGGGCUUUUCAUUAUUGACACCAAUGGCAUUCUAAGGCAGAUCACCAUCAAUGACAUCCCAGUUGGUCGUUCUGUUGAUGAAACCCUGCGCCUGGUCCAAGCAUUUCAGUUCACUGACAAACAUGGAGAAGUCUGCCCGGCCGGCUGGAAACCAGGAAGUGACACCAUCAAACCAGACAUCCAAAAGAGUAAAGACUUUUUCUCCAAACAAUAAUAAGCCCAGGGCCAGGAUCUGCUGCCUGCUAUAGUUUCACUUCAAUAUGUACGUUUGCUGCAGGAACAAUGUAUUUUUUGUCUAGAGAAAAUUACUUUUUUUAAACAUGUAAAACUUUUAAUGUAAGGUUUGUGUCAUUCAUUUAAAUUAAACCACAGGA